AUGCCUCCUAAACGUCGCUCAAGCCGCGCGGAGGCGGACCCUGUGGCCCAGGCGAAGAAAAAGGCUGUGCUUAAGCCUGCAGCGAGCAAAGUCAAUAAAAAAGCGCAGAAGGCUUCGAAGCCAGCCGCCCGGCCAAAGAGACCCAAGAAGGUCCUUAAGGUGUCCUCCAAAACGCUAAACUACACUCUGUGCAUACCAACAAGCAUACUGGAUAACUGCGCGAACCUGGAGCAGGUGACUCACGCCCUGUACCAGAUAGCAAAGGCUGCGACUCUAUUUAACGUCGGCGAGAUCGUCGUGCUCGACCUGGGCACCGACACGGAUGCGGCCGCACCGCAUUUGGCUGCUUCAGAACUGGAACCUCGCAAGCGCAAGAUCAAAUUCGAAGACGUAACCGAGAAGACGGAAACAAGCAACAAGAAAUCUGCCAGCCGGCUGAGCGGCGCCAUGCUGAUUGCAACACUGCUACAGUAUUUUGUGACCCCACGAUACCUGGUUUCGUCCGUGUUCAAAAAGAAGUACAGCAGCUAUUUUAAUUGCGCUGCGAAACUGCCCCGGCUGUCGGCGCUGCCAUUCAUGCGGCACCUGCAAACGGACCAGGGUCGCUACAGAGAGGGCCUCUCGGUCAACAUGGCGAAGCCCGCGGCGGCCAAAAAGCCAUCAACACGCACCAAGUACAUCAACAUAGGCAAGGACACUAUGCUUGAGCUGCGAAGCCAGCAGGUGCCGGUCAACGUCCGUGUGACAGUAGACACUGUUAAUAAGAAUGUCGUCUCGCCGGCAGAGGCCUACGGCGACUACUCUGGUGCCAAUGCUGCAUACGGAUACAGCGUCCGUGUUGCACGCACCUUCGCCGACAUCUUCCUGGGCGCCGGCUUUGCCGGCGGCUACACGCAGUCGCUCUGGGUUAACAGCGCGGAUUUCUUCUUUGACCCUGCCGCACAGUCCAGUGUCCGCCUGGACUCCAAGAUCCCGCACGUGCAGAAAAUCAUAAAGCCGUCGCUCGAGGAGCUUCAUGAGCAGCCGUCCGUCCAGCCCGCGAACCUCCUCCUGGUCUUCGGCAAGUGGAAACAUCUCUCCGACAAAUUUCAGCAGACCAAGGACCAGUUCGACGGAGCCUCCGGCGCGCACGACCUCUUUGAUGGCCGGCUCGACCUGCCCGGCGCCCCGGAGGGCUAUAUCUGCAUCGAGGACAGCUGCAUGGUUGCGUUGGCCACCUUAGCUACAUACUCAGUGCCUACGUGGUCCGAGCCACCCGUCAAUAGCUCUCUGUAG